GAUGAUGAUGAUUCGGAUGAUGAUGAUGAUGAUGAUGAUGAUUCGGAUGAUGAUGAUGAUGAUGAUGAUGAUGAUGAUGAUGAUGAUGAUGAUGAUGAUGAUGAUGAUGAUGAUGAUGAUGAUGAUGAUGAUGAUGAUGAUGAUGAUGAUGAUGAUGAUGAUGAUGAUGAUGAUGAUGAUGAUGAUGAUGAUGAUGAUGAUGAUGAUGAUGAUGAUGAUGAUGAUUCGGAUGAUGAUGAUGAUGAUGAUGAUGAUGAUGAUGAUGAUGAUGAUGAUGAUGAUGAUGAUGAUGAUGAUGAUGAUGAUGAUGAUGAUGAUGAUGAUUCGGAUGAUGAUGAUGAUGAUGAUGAUGAUGAUGAUGAUGAUUCGGAUGAUGAUGAUGAUGAUGAUGAUGAUGAUGAUGAUGAUGAUGAUGAUGAUGAUGAUGAUGAUGAUGAUGAUGAUGAUGAUGAUGAUGAUGAUGAUGAUGAUGAUGAUGAUGAUGAUGAUGAUGAUUCGGAUGAUGAUGAUGAUGAUGAUGAUGAUGAUGAUGAUGAUGAUGAUGAUGAUGAUGAUGAUGAUGAUGAUGAUGAUGAUGAUGAUGAUGAUGAUGAUGAUGAUGAUGAUGAUGAUGAUGGUGAUGAUGAUGAUGAUGAUGAUGAUGAUGAUGAUGAUGAUGAUGAUGAUGAUGAUGAUGAUGAUGAUGAUGAUGAUGAUGAUGAUGAUGAUGAUGAUGAUGAUGAUGAUUCGGAUGAUGAUGAUGAUGAUGAUGAUGAUGAUGAUGAUGAUGAUGAUGAUGAUGAUGAUGAUGAUGAUGAUGAUGAUUCGGAUGAUGAUGAUGAUGAUGAUGAUGAUGAUGAUGAUGAUGAUGAUGAUGAUGAUGAUGAUGAUGAUGAUGAUGAUGAUGAUGAUGAUGAUGAUGAUGAUGAUGAUGAUGAUGAUGAUGAUGAUGAUGAUGAUGAUGAUGAUGAUUCGGAUGAUGUUGAUGAUUCGGAUGAUGAUGAUGAUGAUGAUGAUGAUGAUGAUGAUGAUGAUGAUGAUGAUGAUGAUGAUUCGGAUGAUGUUGAUGAUUCGGAUGAUUAUGAUGAUGUUGAUGAUGAUGAUGAUGAUGAUGAUGAUGAUGAUGAUGAUGAUGAUGAUGAUGAUGAUGAUGAUGAUGAUGAUGAUGAUGAUGAUGAUUCGGAUGAUGAUGAUGAUGAUGAUGAUGAUGAUGAUGAUGAUGAUGAUGAUGAUGAUGAUGAUGAUGAUGAUGAUGAUGAUGAUGAUGAUGAUGAUUCGGAUGAUGAUGAUGAUUCGGAUGAUGAUGAUGAUGAUGAUGAUGAUGAUGAUGAUGAUGAUGAUGAUGAUGAUGAUGAUGAUGAUGAUGAUGAUGAUGAUGAUGAUGAUGAUGAUGAUGAUGAUGAUUCGGAUGAUGAUGAUGAUGAUUCGGAUGAUGAUGAUGAUGAUGAUGAUGAUGAUGAUGAUGAUGAUGAUGAUUCGGAUGAUGAUGAUGAUGAUGAUGAUGAUGAUGAUGAUGAUGAUGAUGAUGAUGAUGAUGAUGAUGAUGAUGAUGAUGAUGAUGAUGAUGAUGAUGAUGAUGAUGAUGAUGAUGAUGAUGAUGAUGAUGAUGAUGAUGAUGAUGAUGAUGAUGAUGAUGAUGAUGAUGAUGAUGAUGAUGAUGAUGAUGAUGAUGAUGAUGAUGAUGAUGAUGAUGAUGAUGAUGAUGAUGAUGAUGAUGAUGAUUCGGAUGAUGAUGAUGAUUCGGAUGAUGAUGAUGAUGAUGAUGAUGAUGAUGAUGAUGAUGAUGAUGAUGAUGAUGAUGAUGAUGAUGAUGAUGAUGAUGAUGAUGAUGAUGAUGAUGAUGAUGAUGAUGAUGAUGAUGAUGAUGAUGAUGAUGAUUCGGAUGAUGAUGAUGAUGAUGAUGAUGAUGAUGAUGAUGAUGAUGAUGAUGAUGAUGAUGAUGAUGAUGAUGAUGAUGAUGAUGAUGAUGAUGAUGAUGAUGAUGAUGAUGAUGAUGAUGAUGAUGAUGAUGAUGAUGAUUCGGAUGAUGAUGAUGAUGAUGAUGAUGAUGAUGAUGAUGAUGAUGAUGAUGAUGAUGAUGAUGAUGAUGAUGAUGAUGAUGAUGAUGAUGAUGAUGAUGAUGAUGAUGAUGAUGAUGAUGAUGAUGAUGAUGAUGAUGAUGAUGAUGAUGAUGAUGAUGAUGAUGAUGAUGAUGAUGAUGAUGAUGAUGAUGAUGAUGAUGAUGAUGAUGAUGAUUCGGAUGAUGAUGAUGAUGAUGAUGAUGAUGAUGAUGUUGAUUCGGAUGAUGAUGAUGAUGAUUCGGAUGAUGAUGAUGAUGAUGAUGAUGAUGAUGAUGAUGAUGAUUCGGAUGAUGAUGAUGAUGAUGAUGAUGAUGAUGAUGAUGAUGAUGAUGAUGAUGAUGAUGAUGAUGAUGAUGAUGAUGAUUCGGAUGAUGAUGAUGAUCAUUCGGAUGAUGAUGAUGAUGAUGAUGAUGAUGAUGAUGAUGAUGAUGAUGAUGAUGAUGAUGAUGAUGAUGAUGAUG